AAACGUAUUGUUAGCUUUUAAAAUCAUUUGAGGCAUUUGAAGUGUGAAAUCAUCCGUACUGUGUCGAGUUACAGACCAUAUAAAUUCCAAUGGUGCUCUCAUUUCCGGUAGUCGAAAGAGUUUGUGCAGUAACGUCUUUCUGCCGCUAGAUGGCACCAGUUGACAGCUACAAAGUCAAAGACACGGUACCGUACAUAUUAUUGAAUCUGAGCUACAGCUAUUCACGAAACAUGCUAAUUAAUGUCGUCUAAUUAAUAAAGUAAUAUCGGGGCAGCUACUUUGACUUCUUGGUGCCCUCCAUUUAUUUAUACACAUCACAACUGAAACGGUGCAAUAAUAUAACCAAUUACUUUAGCGUUAAACUACAGGUGUGUCAUAUAUUUUGCCACUAGAUGGCAGCAUUCGACUUUCAUUGAUUGAUAUAAUCAAGACGUUCAAAUAGCAUGUGGUUAUCAUUUAUUGUAUAUAACAUAACACACUUUUAUCGGAAAUAUGAGUAAAUAUUCUUUUUGCAACUUUUUAUUUUGACAAUUUACGAUGGAUUGCAUGACAUUAGGGGUAGAACUCUUCCAGCCAAUCGGCAAAAACAGAACAUUAUGACGUUAAAUGAUAAUAUAAUUACCAAAUAUUACAUAUUCGAUUGUUUUUAAAACACACAAAAGUAAAUUUGUGUUUUUUUUACUAGCAGCCUUUUUCUCAGUCUACAGUUAUGUAAUAAUAUUCUAUUAAUUCAUUUCCUCCUUGCUGGAAUUCCUGCCAAAACAUGUCGUUGUUCCAAAUUCCGAGCUUCCGCGCCGUCCCUGAAUGCAGCACAAGAGCCGCCCAGCUGGCGGGAUUUAUCUUUAAUCGCCGAGCGUCACUUUCACAGUCGUACCUGCGGACGGACGGACGGACCACGGCCGGGAAUAAUGCUCUCCGCCUCGGUGAACCCCCGGCCCUCAUGUGCGCUACUUUGUCCCACUCCACGCUGAGUCGGGGCGAGGGUGGGGGUGAGAGGGGGGGAGGAGGCAGGCGGGACUCGAACUUGUGUCGCGUGUGCUGCGAGAUGCAAGAAAGUGACUGAAGGCCGGCUGCGGGAACUGUGUCUGCAAUGUCUCUGCUGUGUGUCAGAGUGAAGAAGGCCAAACUCCACGGACCCCCAGACAAGUUCAACGCCUACGUGACGUUGAAGGUGCAGAAUGUGAAGAGCACCACCAUCACGGUGCGAGGGAAUCAGCCAUGUUGGGAGCAAGACUUCAUGUUCGAGAUCGGCCACCAGGAGUCGGGUCUGGUGGCGGAGGUGUGGAACAAAGGUUUGAUUUGGGACACUUUGAUCGGCACGGCGCUCGUACCGCUACACGACGUUCGACAGUCCAAUGAGGAGGGCCCGGGUGAGUGGAUUUGCUUGGACUCGGAGGUCCUGAUGAGGCAGGAUGAGAUCUGCGGCACCACCAAGCCCACCCGACACCAAGUGCUGCUGGACGCACGCUUUGAGCUGCCCUUCGACAUCCCGGAAGACGAAGCGCACUACUGGAGCCGCAAACUGGAGCGAAUCAACACCAUGCGUGAUCACGACCAGGAGGACAUCCAAACGAGACGGAUGCCUUCUGUGCCGUCACAGUGCUGCAGUUGGACUUAUUUUGGAUGGAGUGAGCAGCAGCCUUUGGACGACCACGACAGCUUGGCGGACGAGCGGGACAGCGACUACCGCAGCGAAGUCGGCAUCGGACCCCCACGCUUCCACAAUGCCUCGCAGACCAACUCGUCGGCACACCAGUACCCGAUGGGAAGCGGGGUCCAGCACCGGCGGCUCUCGCGGGAGUCUGACUCGGCGCAAAGCUACGAGACGGACUAUCCAGACCCUCGGGGGUCCAGGCGGCACUCGAGCGCUAGGCGCGGCGUCACGAUAGUCCCAGUGGACUCCGGCAUGGGCGUGGAGGACUGGGAGGGCGCGUACAAAGCGCCCGACUCUGCCGUCUUGGACGAUUACUUGGACGCCGAGCAGAAAAUGUGGGAGGACGAAGACAAAAGCAUCAUCUACCGCAUCGGCGAUAAGACGCACGAGUCCAAAGCCAGCAGGUUCUACCAGACGGUGGAAUGGGAGGCGCCCGACAGCAGGAGGCGUGGCUUCGGCACCGGAGAAGUCCGGCUGGUUUACCGGGAAGCCGGUAGCUUUGAGGACGAAUCGUCCCCGCCUGAGAUCGACAUCAUUCCGUCGCUGAAACGUCUCCGCCAAGAAACGGACCGAGAAGGUCUCCUCUACAAGACCAGACUUUGGGCCAAGACGGCGUUGGAGGAAAGCUACGCGGCGUUCCGUGAGGAAGAGGACGCUAAGGUGAGACUCAGGGCCGAGUACGGAUCCGUGGGAUCGGACGAGAUGCAGUACUCCUUUGGAUCCGAUGAGGAACUGGACGACGUGAUGUUCUGCGAGGAGGACGUUACCUACGAGUACGAGUCCUACUACUAUCCUGGACGGUCUUCAGAUCCUGUCCAGGAGCCCAGUGAGGACUUCAUAGACCCCAUGGAUGAACUCAAAUGCUUGGUGGACUCGGUAUCUGAGUACCUGGCUGUAAAAGAGGAGGAGCUUAACAGCUACGAGUCCAAACCAGUAAGGAGGAAGCUGCCGUCGCUUCCUGCGGACAGGAAGACCGAAGACCUCAAACCCGAGGACAAAGCGUCUGAAGGUGGAAUUCCCGACGUAAAAAACUCCAUGAAAUCGUUCUUCAGUUCCGUUACCGGAUCAAAGGAAACCUCAGUUGACCCGCCGACUCCCAAGAGUCCCGCGGCAGAAUCCGGCAUCUUAAAACUUCUCUCCAUGAUCCCAAAAAGUAGCCCGGAAGCCACAGAGCCCUGCGGAACCCCGCCAGCAGACACGUCUUCCUCCAAGACGGCGCCUCAACCCGAGUCUGGAAUAUCCAAGUUGCUUUCCUUCAUUCCGAAAACCGGCGGAACUUCGCCCCCCGUGGCCAUCGUUCCCCCCGCCUCUCAGGAACCUUCCACGGAGAAGAAGUUCUCCUUGCAGUCUCUGAUUCCUUUUCAUGCAUCGGAACCCGCUCCGCAAGCUGAAGCUAAUCAGACGCAGAGUACCACAGAUGCUAGCGCUAGCCAGACCUCCUCUGGGUUGGAGUCUGUGUUUGGACGGCUAAGUCCUCUACGCUUGUUUUCCAGUGCCCCCCCGUCAAGAGAGCCCUCCCCGCAAAGAAGUACAUCAGCGGGAAGCAACGACUCCCAGCCGGGGUCUGCUAGUCCCAAUCAGGAACCCGUAUCAGAUGUGAGACCAGGGUCAGGGAGUGGGUCCAUUGAUCUGUUGCCGGACACAGGAAGUGGAUCAGUGGAGCUCCUUCCGGAGACGGAAUCGUCUGGCGAGCUACCAGAUAUUCAGCAAAGAACUGGUACCGUCCCGGAACCAAAAAACCAAAGCGGCUCCGAUGACACCGGCCUAUUCAGUCCUUUCAGGAAGUCCCUCUCCAGUUUAAUAUCUACAAAUCCUCCUGAAUCCGCAACGCAGACCGGACCCAAACCUGCAGAGGAGUCAUUUCUAGGCGGAAAACUCAAAAUCCCGUUUUUCUCCAAGGAAGACGUUCCCACGGCCAACCAGGGUAAAUCAGACGGAGGCGUCCUUUCGGGAUUUCUUAAGUUUGCAGCCGGGGAGGAUACCGGCGCUCCGUUGGGGUCCACGACCCCCGCAAGAACCCCCUCUCCCGGCCGUGCUGUGCUUCUUGAAGGUACCCCAAAAGGAAACCAAGAAACUGGUUGGUUUUCAAACCUGUUCAAGGUAGCCCAGAGUGAACCGGCUAAGGAGUCGGUCAAAGCACAAACCACUCCUAGCGUGACUCUAACCCAACCUAGUGGUCUCACCGAGACCCAUACAGAGCAAAACCUUCUCGAGGGAUCAGAUGAUACCCAGAUGGAAACCUUGGCGGUCAAAGAUCCUCGGUGUCAGACCGAUGCCCGGACGACGGAGCCUUCUACAGUUGAGGACCAAACCAGAUCACAACCGGAGGUCUCUGCGCCUCAAGGGAUUCUGUCUGGGUUGUUGAAACUAGGACCUUCGGAAGAGGCCCCCAAGAAACCCCAAGGAGGGGACGGUCAGCCUCAACAGGGUGGGCUGUUUUCGGGCCUAUUUUCAGCACCGUCCCAGUCCCAGUCCCCGCCCCAAACACAAAACCCUGCGGCUCAACCUUCAGGAGGACUUCUUUCUGGGUUUUUAAAAUUUGCCUCUGACAUUUCGGCUCCUACAAAUCAGCCACCGUCUACUUUGCCAGGAAGCCAAAUACCGGUUCAAGAACCACCUUCUGGUGCACAGCCCCCCAUCGGGGGACUGUUGUCUGGACUCUUCAAGAAAGCAACAGACUCCGUCACUACUUCUCAGCCGGCUCCGUCCACUCAGGACGCUCACAAAACCGGAACAGAAGAUGAAAAUAAACAAAACGUAACGGAAUCCAUCCGGUCUGGAGAAGCUAAAUCAGGUUCAAUGGACGGUUCUUCCCAUGACCAGCUGGACCAGCAAGUAGAAGCAUCGGACCAACAAAAUCCACUGAAAGUACCAGUUCCAACGCCAAGACCCCAAGGACCUGCGGCUCCUCAGGCGGCUCCUCAGCCAACGAAUCAGCAACCGGCUAACUUGUUGUCUGGGCUUUUUAGCAAGAUUGUAGAACCCACCUCGGCCCCAUCUCAGCCCCAAACCACACCCGCUCAACAAGGAGGCUUCCUUUCAGGUCUUUUUGGAGUCGGGAACCAAGAGAGUUCACCAAAGCAGCAACCGAGUAACCAGGAGCCAGGCGGUAGACCAAACUUGCACAGGCAAAACCAGAUACCUCCUCAGCAGCCUCAAAGCAGUCCUGGAGGGAUGCUCACUGGGUUCCUGAGCAAAAUUACAGAUCCGGGAGCCCCAGCAUCUGCUCCUUCUACCGGUAGCCAACAGGAUCAGGAGAAACCAGGUCCCAAGGCGACACCGCAAACACCUAGUCAACAAGGAGGGUUCCUCUCUGGGCUCUUUUCUUCAGGUUCUCCUCCGGUUCAGCAGCCUCCUGUUGGUCCUUCCAACCAGCAGCAACAUGGCGGCAGUAGGCAACCCCUACGUCGGCAAAGCCAGAUUCCCCAACAAGCUUCUUCCUCGGCAAGCGAUCCCCAACAAGGCGGACUGCUGUCAGGGCUGCUCGGUAAAUUAACCACCGCGGAUCCACCACCGCAACCCAGCCCUCAGGCGUCUCAACGGGGCGCUAAAUCAAACAUUCCCGCACCUCAAAACCAAAAUCCAGGUCCAAAGUCCCAAGGCAAUCAACAAGGAGGAUUCCUAUCCGGGUUGUUUAGCCCGCCGGCGCCUCAACAGCAGGAACCGGCAGGAAAAGCGGCAAGUCCUCAACAUGCUACAACAGAACAAGCUAGUCAAAGCGGAGGCUUCUUUUCUGGUAUUUUGAAGCUCGCGGCAGGCGAGAAUACGCCGCAGGAACCGCCCGAGAACCGGGGGGGACAACCGGAGCAGAACCCCACCCGGUCGGAAUCAGGCGGGAUCUUCUCUGGCCUGCUAAACAAAAUUUCAGCCAACGCGGAGCAAGCUAACGCUCCUGCUGAAGAAGCAAAACCGAAUCAGGGACGUCCGCAGAUUCAGAGGACGAAACCAGUGGAGAUGCAGUCCUCGCCUGAUGUGGCUCCAGAGAAGAACCCAGAAGAAACAUCUCAAAAGGGAUUCCUCUCAAGUCUUUUUAGCAACCCGGACGACUCAAAGACGCAGAAGCCGCCAUCAUCCGACCUUGGCAAGACGGAGGGCGGCUCAUCUCCAGGUCUACUCUCGAGCAUCUUCAAACCGAGCAUCAGUGACGGCAACGCUUCUUCUUCUGAAAAAGAACCAGAAAAAGGCCUUCUAAACCGCUUCCUGUCCAAGACUAAGGAGGAUACUUCAAGUACUGCUACAGAGGUCGGUACUUCUGCGGACCCGCCCCUGCAAGCCUGCAAAGAUCCCACGGUGUCCCCCACCCAACGUUACCUGGAGGAAAUCGAGCGUCUCUUAUACGGGACGGCGGACGAGUACGGCUACAAAGACCUUCUGUUCAACUUCACAGAACACGGCGUCAUCCCGCCCGAGCUCUACGAGCACCAGUGUCUCAUCGAGGCUCUUCUGUGGCAGCAGCUCAACGACUACGCCCUCGCCGAGGCGCUGGAGACUCGAGCUCGGGAACGCCACCGAGACGUCCAAACCGCGACCACGCCGAGACCACGCCGAGUUGAGAAUCACAUGUGGCCGAGUCCGAAGGAAAUGGACAUCAGUACCUUCAACGUUCCAUCACAUCCUUGGAAGGAAGUUGCCGCCCAACUUCUGGAGAACGGAAAUCACUUCCUGGAACCAGAUGAAGACUUGGUUUUAUUCGACAUGAGCAGCAGAGACACAAAGUCCUGGACCAGCUGUGACCACUUACAGGAACUUGGCAGAAACAGGCAACCUUGGAUCAUGGAGGGCGGGGGUCUAAACCUGUCCAAGGAGAAGAUCAAGUCCAGAUGUCAGUCUCUCACAGACGUGGCGUUGACCCACGUGAACGUUGAUGAUCUCACUUUGAAAUCCGCCACCCAGUUUUUGAAACGGCUUUCCGACAAAAUGAGUCCAGUAGAUCUAACGCGGGGCGCCGUGGACCUGAGCAGAUCUGCAGGGACUGCAGGACUUGGAGAAGAUGAAAUGCUCCUGGAGGACCCAGAAUGGUACCAGCAGUGGGUAUCCCUGUUGGAGCAAGGUCUGUGGUGGCCGGCCGAAGCAGGGGACUGUGGAUAUUACGUGUAUACAAAUGAGAACUUUAUUUAUUCCCUUUUAACUGACAGGGCCGGUAGACACCUCUACGCCUGCGCUGCCCCAGAAGAUGUCCAGGUUCUCAGCAACAUCACCCAAAACAUUGCUAACAUUCUGUCCCAAAAGGAGAAGAACAAAGUGACCUUAUGUGGAUUUAAAAUCCCGCUCUGCCCAGAAGAAAACAGUCUUUGGUCUUCGGAUCUCCUGCAGACCAGUUCUGGGCUUUCGGAUGUACCAGUAGAUCUCACCUCUGCUCUACAAAAAGGUGAAAAACUCAUGAACAUGAACCUGGAAAGCUUCUCUCAGAUGUUUCAGGAAUCUCUAGCUUCACAAAGUGAAGCUCCUGUGGACUUCACCGUGUACAAGCUCAAGAAGAUCUCAGUGGGGGCAACGGAAAACCGUCAUGGCUGCCAAGAGCCGCCCCUCAAAGCUGCUGAUCUUACCCUGAAGGCCCUCAGAGGAACCCAUGGAGGUCCGUACUGGAAGAAUCAAGACAUGACAAACGUGGCCUCCAGACUCUGUCAGUCUGUCAGUCAACAUCACCAAGUACCUGAGAUCAGGAUUUCACAUGCGGACCAUACACCUGGAGACAAAUGUCCUCCAAAAAUUCCUCACAUUCCAAAGUCUCCAAAAUCCGUCCCGGUCCUCCCCUCAACAGCCACCAAGUUCUCGUCAAACAUUCCCAGAGACCUUCCCAAGACGCCAUCAGCCUCAAAGAUCCCGACCCCCGCGUCUCCAAACGUUACGUCAGAUCCUUCAGUGCAAACCACGAGCGCUCAGAGUUCCGUCGCUUCUGUAAACGCAUCAUCUCUUUGCUCUCCGAGACCUCGGCUUGCCAGGCAGCAGUCCCAGGCGGACAAGCCCAGGGAAUUAUCCCAGACCAGUAAACCUGCUGGGAUUUGUGACAUUACCAAACCGGCCCCCCCUCAUCCGACCCAGGCGGACAAGCCCAGGGAAUUAUCCCGGACCAGUAAACCUGCUGGGAUUUGCGACAUUACGAAACUGGCCCCCCAUCAUCCGACCCAGGCGGACAAGCCCAGGGAAUUAUCCCGGACCAGUAAACCUGCUGGGAUUUGCGACAUCACCAAACCGGACUCCCCUCAUCCGACCCAGGGUCCAAUUCCAAAGUCCCCGUGCAAAGAACCGCCACAGUUCCACAUCCUGAACCCCAGCCCAAAUACCGAAGCCGAGCUUUACAACAGGAAUCGCUACAUCGGCCCUACUGGUCCUCGGAUCGGCCAAAAAGUCUUGGAUUUUUCCUCCACGGGCCAAAAGAACCAAGAGUCGGGUCCAAAAGAUGUCCAAACGGAAUCUUUGCAGCGGGAAUCAGACGCUGUGGACUUUACCAAAUACAAGUUGAAAAGGAUGAAGGAGAAAAUGGAAAUGGAUCCAAAAGCAAACGUGGAUUUGACUUCCAGGAUCGCUGUAGACCUCACCAAACAGACCAAGGACCAGAUGGAUGAGUGGAGUGUUUCAGAAGGUCCUACUCGGACUAGUUCUCCAGACCCUCAGACCACCAAACCAAGAUUGUCCGGCCCACAGAUUGAAAAUGGCGGUCGGACCUCGAUGCGAAUCCACAGUCCAGGACCUGCACCAAAUGUCAGGUCUUCAAUUACCAGGAAAGACACCAAAUCCGGAUCAGUCCAAUCUCUAUCGUUGGUUCCGAGGCAACCACAUGGAACCAUCCUGACUCACCAGAGUCCUGUAGACAGUAGAACUACAAUCUUUAGAUCCCAGUCUUAUAAUUCCAGGGAGCACCAGGAGAACACGGCACCAGCAAACUCGGUCAAAGACGUUCUAGAUAUGUCCGCUAAGACGACAAGCCCGGCAAAGCUCAUACCAAAAGAUCCGGAACCAGAUCCAGAUCCAGUCUGUGAAGCUCUAUCUUUGACUAAGAGAAAACCGCUGGGCCCCGAGAGGACACACAAGAGUCCUGGUCAUCAGGAAUCUAUUGAUCUGUCGUAUCGAGAUGGACCAGAAGUCAUUGAUCCUGUUCCUUAUGAGGUUUCCUGUUCCCGCAGUACUCAAGACGACCUCCAACGUUCAGUUAGGAGAGAAGUUCUAACAAGCAUCCGCCCUCUGAUGUCACCUCAUCGGUCUCAUUUCAGGGACUCUACCUGGCCCAAAACCACAGCCCCCGCCAACGCAGUCAAGGCCACUCUUGACAUGUCUUCGAAAUCAGCUAGCUUAGCAGAACGAGGUCCAGACAUGAGAAGACAUGACGUUCUGACCAAAGGUAUACCCUUAACGCAAGGAAAACCCACCGCCCGGCAGCUUGCACGGAAAAACUCUAUCGGCGUUCCACUCAUCAAAGAGCUUCCUUCGGAAGAACCUUAUGAAGACUGGAUUCAGUACCAAGAACGGUCCAUUCAGAGGACAGAUACGGUUCCUCCACCGCUAAACCAUCUCCACUCACCGCUAACUUACCAAACGUCCGCUGGAGUAAAUCUCAAAACAGGGGCCCCACUGGACAUGUCACCCAAGCCGCCCCAGACCACGCCUGGAACAGGACAACCUGAUUCCAGUCUUGACGAAGCUGUUCCGCUGAUCAACAAGCCAAGUCCAAGAGCCGUUGCCAGGAAGGAUUCCGUUGGUCUUCCACUUGUAGUUGACUUACCAUGUCGAGAACCCACCAUCCUGAAGACACCUCAACAGGUUUUUAACGUAGAUCCAACUCAAGAAGAAAGUGGACCCCUGAGGGGAAUCACCCAAACAGAGACAACCACUUCCCACAGAAAUGAGGUCUUUACCCCCUCCAAGACAAAGUCCAAGUCCAUGCAACUGCAAAAUAUUCCCAUGGACUUCUCCGCCAAAGACAGCGUGACCCCAUUAAGCCAAGAACCAGAAUAUGGCAUGCCCAUAAAUUUCACGAAGAUUAGCUCCAGGAACGAACCAAAAGAGCAAACAGGGGGGCGACUCAAGAAGAAGACUUUGCAAGGUUUAGUCGACCUGACGGUGGAUCCUCCGAGUAAGAAGACCACAGAUCAUCAAAAUCAGAACAUCGACGAUCUUUCCUCGCCCGGCAUUCCCGGUCCGUAUCGAAGUCGCCAGCAUCAGGACAAUAGAACAUCUCGACCUUCAACCGUCCCGCAAGGCAGCGAGAUCUUUACGGCGCCAACAUCAUCACGCUAUGAUUGGACCAUCACUCAAUCUGGAGUACUCAAUCUGGACCAAGGAUACCCAGGAACUGAAAGAUCAGGUUUUCAUUUCCUGGCAUUGGAACCUUCUCUGAAUGUUGCGGCACAAUCCGUUCCGGAAAGUUCUUCGGGACACUUGGAGACCAGGGGAAUUGAUCACAUUUUUCCAAACAACCCAAAUCUGUACACUAUGGAAGUCAGCAGGACACCCAAAGACUUGGUCUCAUCUGAGUCCACAAUGUGGCAAAGACACGAUGACAGUCUUGUGUGUGACCUGACCACCAGACCCGCCAGACCCAAAAUUCCCAUCAAGCAGUCAACUCUGGAAAGCUCAGAGGAAGCUAUUGGGCACAAUCAGUCGUCACCCGGGUCUGGUGUUGUUGUUCAAGCAUCCGAAAACCGAAAACCAGAUUCUGUGAAUGCUGAACCUUUACAGGCUAACCAUUCAAGAUCGCUCCCUCAAAUAUCAACGCAACCUGAACCAAAACCCGAUCCCUUCAUGGCACCACAAGGCCGGGCUCUUGUCUCGCAAACCACAACAAGACAUGAUCCAGUCCCGUUGGAGCCGACUGGCAAACGGGGUUCCCGAGCUGCAUUGCAAAGACAGGAAGUGAUCACAUCAUCCCAAACAGGAUCCACUUCGGUCAAAGGGCUGGUUUCGUUGUUUAGCGACCCGGGUUUACGGUCCCCUGUUUGUGGACCGCCGGCUGCAAUCAUGCCCCGCUCCACUCCGACUGGGUCUACACCUGCGGACCAGGAGUCCCAGGUUCUUCAUGCGGUUUCUCCAGAUGUGACGGUGCGAACAGGAGUUGGACUUGGAGAGCAACAAUCUACAUCCUUGCCGCCUCAAUCGUCCAAAGACCAGUCUUUGACUUCAAGCCAUGAAGAAUCCAUUCCAGACCAAUCGGAAACAUCCGCUUUCAGGGAUCAAAUAUCCUGUGAAAUUCCACAAUCAAGCCAAGUUAGCGUGACAUCAGGCGAUGGGUCUUCGCUAUCCACGCUAGGCAGUACCGCAUCUCCAAAAGUUCCUCUCAAUGAAGGAACUUCAGAGGAACCUUCAGUUAGAAGCUCAGAAGAACCAUCAGAAGUUUUAAUCCAGCAACCAUCCGCUAUGCCAGAUCAGUGGAACGUACCAACCCAACCACAGGAGCUAACGACCCACCCCAGGUCAAUCUACAUUGGCAUCACCAAUCAAGACAUCUCACCUGAUCCAGGAAGUGGUCCAAGACCGUAUGUCAGACUACCUCAUAUAUUUGUCUCGGCUGCAAGUUCACCAGAAGAUGAGGGCACUGAAGAAGAAUCCAAGCCUGAAAUGCCCGACAUCCUCAGUGAUGAAGGUCCUACUGCGACAGAGCACAAAGAUUCGGUACCUUUUGACGAGGGUACAGGUGUCACAGGUCCAGAGACCACAUCCUGCUCGGAUAAGAGUUCACUACGGACUUCAGACGAUAUGAGUUCAGAUGAGCAGAGUCAACAUGAGCUAACGGAAGCCUCAGUCUCGGAACCUGAUCUACAAGAAUCCAAGCCUGAAAUACCCGACGUCCUCAGUGAUGAAGGUCCUACUGCGACGGAUCACAAAGAUUCGGUACCUUUUGACGAGGGUACAGGUCUCACGGGUCCACAGACCACAUCCUGCUCGGAUAAGAGUUCGCUACGAACUUCAGACGAUAUGAGUUCAGAUGAGCAGAGUCAACAAGAGCUAAACAAGGAAGGUUCCAUCACAGAAGCCUCAGUCUCAGAACCUGAUCUACAAGCAUCGAUUGAAAGUGUCAUGUCUCCAGAAGAAGAGGCCAAGCCACGCGAGACCGAAACCAUGGCUCCGGUUGGAGAAACCGGAACAUGCGGAGAACCUCAAAAAGAGCCUGAGGAGCAAAGAACCAUUUCAGAUUUAAAACCGCCUGAGUCUCCUGAUGAUAAAGUAUUAUCUAAGGAACCGCUCGCAGAUAUCAAACCAUCUGAAGUUCAACAACCUGAAGCUCCUUCACCCGCCCCUGAAGUCCAGUCCAGUCCAGACAAACCAAAUGUAGAAGAAGUAACGACUUCCAAGGAAGAAGGUCCAGCAGUCAAGCAACCAAAUGAACAACACGGAAAAGGUUUGUUUUCAGUGUUUAGCAGCGCUAACGGAAGCCCAGAGAACUCUGGGAACGCUUCUCAGUCCGGUCUAUCCAUACUUGGUGGUAUCAUUCCUGGAUCAUCUACCAAAGAGAGUCCUGGAACCGGCUUACUCUCCAUGUUUGGCGGAUCUAACGCCUCUCCAGGAAACAAAAGUCCAUCAACUUCAGCAACCCCACAAGAGACCCAAGGAAAGGGUCUACUCUCAAUGUUUGGGGGGCCAAGCGCCCCAUCCACCCCUGGAACCAAAGACCCGUCACCUUUACCAACUCAGCAGGAACCACAAGGUAAAGGACUACUCUCAAUGUUUGGUGGAACAAACACCUCAGCUUCUCCUGCAAGCAAAAGUCCUACACCCUCAUCAAGCCCUCAAGAACCUCAAGGAAAAGGUUUAUUCUCAAUGUUUGGAUCCAGUAGUAGUCCACAAGCUGGACCCAGAGGCCCACCUGGUACAAAUGUGCCACCUCGAGGUCCUCCACCCAAGGAACCUCCAGGAAAAACCUUGUUUUCCAUGUUUGGUGGUGCUGCCCCUCUUCAGCAAGCCAGUCCAAGAGGUCCUCCUCAGGCCAGUGCUGGAUCUUCUUUAUUUGGUGCAAUCCUACAAGGUUCUUCUUCACAGAAAGACAGCCCAGGCACGGGCCUGUUCUCCAAGCUUGGCGGUCCCAGCGCUCCAGCUCAAAGUGGACCAAGAAUGCCUGCACCACCCGGACCCAGAAGUUCCGAACCCCCUGGAAAAGGAUUGUUCUCCAUGUUUGGUGGACAGCACCAGCAAGCAGCAGCAGCUCAUCCUACACCCGAGUCAGACGGGGGCUUUAAAGUUUCUUCUGUGUUCUCACUCGGAGGGAGUUCUGACGGCGGCAAAUCCAAAACUGGAUUUGGCCUGUUUGGAAGGUCUUUCAUGGAGGAGACCAAAACGGAGCCUGACUCGGUUGUUACUGGGAAGGAGGCUAGCACAGCUGAACCUCCAGGAACUAAAAGUAUUACAGUCCUUCAAGGUUCUGAUGUAGAUGCUUCGUUAGAUACACCAAAGAUGAUCCAUCCACCAGAGAGAGCUGAAGAAGAACCUGAAGAAUCUGACUUUGCUGGAACCAAAAUCUCUUCGGUAUCAGAGAUGAAAGAUGGUGUACCAACACCAGAAAGGGUUGCGGAUUGCAGUGACGCAGAUUCUAGACCAGAUCUGGUUGAAAUCGAAUACGGAACCAUUUCUGAGGUCCAAAACCAGAAUGUAGACUCACUGAAAGUUGUCGUUGAGGAGAAGGAGUCAAUCCUGAAUGCGGAGGAGUCAACUCCGGUCCAUAAUAAGGUUCUUGGUGAAGAAGAACCUCGCUUGGAGCAACCAAAUGAGAACUUGGAAGUUAUCGGUGAAGAGCAAACAAUGGAUGUGGAAAAAUCAAGCAGAGAACAACCAGAAGUGACUGGUGAUAAAGAAGAAGGUGCCAUUCCUAAGGAAGCCACCAUAGCAGAAGCAGAGAGGGCAGUUAACCAGCAACCUGGUGAUAAAGAAGAAGGUGCCAUUCCUAAGGAAGUCACCAUACCAGAAGCUGAGAGGGCAGUAACUCUGCAACCUGGUGAUAAACAAUAUGCCAUUCCUAAGGAAGCAACCAUAACAGAAGCAGAGGGGGCAGUAACCCUGCAACCUGCUGAUAAACAAGAUGCCAUUCCUAAGGAAGUCACCAUACCAGAAGCUGAGAGGGCAGUAACCCUACAACCUGGUGAUAAACAAGAUGCCAUUCCUAAGGAAGCAACCAUAGCAGAAGCAGAGAGGGCCUUUACCCUGCAACUUGGUGAUAAAGAACAAGGUACCAUUCCUAAGGAAGCGACCAUAGCAGAAGCAGGGAAGGAAGUUACCCUGCAACCUGGUGAUAAACAAGAUGCCAUUCCUAAGGAAGCAACCAUAGCAGAAGCGGGGAAGGAAGUUACCCAGCAACCUGGUGAUGAACAAGAUGCCAUUCCUAACGAAGCGACCAUAGCAGAAGGGAAGGAAGUUACCCUGCAACCUGGUGAUAAACAAGAUGCCAUUCCUAAAGAAGCAACCAUACCAGAAGCAGGGAAGGAAGUUACCCUGCAACCUGGUGAUAAACAAGAUGCCAUUCCUAAGGAAGCAACCAUAGCAGAAGCGGGGAAGGAAGUUACCCAGCAACCUGGUGAUAAACAAGAUGCCAUUCCUAACGAAGCGACCAUAGCAGAAGGGAAGGAAGUUACCCUGCAACCUGGUGAUAAACAAGAUGCCAUUCCUAAAGAAGCAACCAUACCAGAAGCAGGGAAGGAAGUUACCCAGCAACCUGGUGAGAAACAAGAUGCCAUUCCUAAGGAAGAAACCAUAGCAGAAGAAGGGAAGGAAGUUACCCUGCAACCUGGUGAUAAAGAACAAGAUGCCAUUCCUAAGGAAGCCACAAUAGCGGAAGGGAAUACUUCUCCAGUGAUCCUGGCACCAGAAGAGGAAAACCAUCCUGGAACAAUCCCACCAGCAGAUGUGACAUCCGAACACAUUAAGGCUCCAUCUUUAGGUCCUGUUACGCGUCCUCCUCAGCCAAUCCCCAGACCAGGUCUAGGCAGACCACCUGUACCACCAGGACAAAGAAUGGGAUCACCAGGAAUGGGAGGACCGAGAAUGCCUGCUCCCAGGCCGCCAGGACCUCAGAAGCCUUCAGAGCCAGCUUCGUUUUCGGGCUUCAUGUCCAUGUUCUCCAACACGUCCGGCGCACCGAGUAAAUCUGCAACCGUUGGCGGGUUUUUCUCAAGUUCUCCCGGAUCCCUGUUUGGGUCUUCUGCUCCUCGUCAACCACAAAAACCACAACAACAAAAAAGCUCCUUUUUCGGUCUUCCGAGUAGCAUCGCUACGGAAUCCAUCACAGGAGACAUCUUAGGUUUAUUCAAGGCUCCGGAGACCAUGAAACCAGAGGAACCUCAAUCUUCCGUUAUGGGUUCGGAACCAGGACAGAUGAUCAGUUCUACAGAUGAACUGGUUUCUGAGAACACUGAUGGACUUGGGAAAAACACUGAGGACUCCAUGCCUGAGAAAGGUUCAGUGGAGGUAGCGGAACACACCCAUAAAGAAGAUGACGUAGAAGGUUCUACCAUGGAACCAGACAUGGAGACAUCCAAGAUAAAUGUUGAUCAUGAUGAACCUGGGGAACAUUCCGAAAAAUCCAAUGGAUCUGACAAAGCAGCAUCGCUUCCACGUCCUCCGGAGAGCCAAGACCCUGUCCCUGAAAGCAAAGGAACUUCUGACAUUCCAGGAUUAUCUGCUCCCAAAUUUGGCUUUUUGUCCGUAGCUGCUGAAGGAACAUCAUCCAUCGGAUCGCUCUUCUCUUCCUCUUCAUCUCCAGCAGUGGAUACAAGAGCUGCUCAACCGGAAGGAGGUCUCUUCUCCGGUUUUAAGAGUCUCUCGGCAGGCAUCUUCCAGGAUGAGAAGCAGCCAGCAAAGGAAGAAGCGUCUUCCACUCCAUCGGUUUUUGCCAUGAAACUUGGCUCCAUGUUCGGGACCUCGGAUCCCCCCAAACCUGCAGUGGUGACAUCACAACCGCGGCCUCAGAGUCCAAAACCCACAGACGAGUUUCCUGACAAACUUUCUCAAGGGUCCGGGGACACCGGGAGUGCAGACGCCAGCGACACGGAAGGACCCAGUGGGACCUCGAAGACGGGGAGCUGUGACAGCUUAACGGAGUCGGCGUCCCCGGCGGAGCAUUUGGAUAAACCUCAAGUCCACAUCGUCACCUGCGACAAAGAAGGUGAAACGGGAGCCCCCGGUGGUGGGACGGCACAUCCGGGCAUGGAGUCUCCCAAGAACUUGACACGAGAAGAUGCUAAAAGCCGCUUCGACUCAUCUGGCAACCUCAGCCCGAGCAGCUCCCAGCUCAGCUCCGAGCCCGAGGAGCGCCGUGACGCCGAGACGGGCCCCCCGGGGGGGCGCCGCGCGCCUCCCCGCACUCAGACAUCCACCUGUGAGGAGUCGGGCGUGGAUGCGGUGGAGAAUCCCCCGCGAGAAGUGAGAGUCCCGGGUCGGAGGGACUCGGCGGUGCUCCCCCCGAAACUGAUCCCAGGGGGUGAAGACUUCUGCUUCUUCGGAGACGGUCCUCCUCCGUGUUCUCCCUCUAAAGUUCGCUGGCUCAAAGCAUACAACAAAGUCCGAUCCGAGCUCCUCCAGGGCCAAGACCAGGACGGCGACCCCAGCAAGCAGCCGUGGGCCAAACCAGGCGGAAACGCACCGUUCGGCAUCGACAGCAUGCCCAAUCUCCGCAAGCGGCGCCCCAUCCCCCUCGUUAGCGAGCUGACUAUGAUCCAGUCCAGGAAGGCCGGCCUGUCCCACACGUUGGCCACGCGGGCGUCCCUGAAGGACGAGGAUCUUAAGAGCCACGUGUACAAGAAGACGCUGCAGGCGCUCAUCUACCCAAUCUCCUGCACCACGCCGCACCAUUUGGAGGUGUGGACGGCCACCACGCCCACCUACUGCUACGAGUGCGAGGGCCUGCUGUGGGGCAUCGCCCGGCAAGGCAUGCGCUGUGCCGAGUGCGGGGUCAAAGUUCACGAGAAGUGCCAGGAGCUGCUCAAUGCCGAUUGCCUGCAGAGAGCGGCGGAGAAGAGCUCCAAGACAGGAGCGGAGGACCGAACGCAGCACAUCAUCACGGCUAUGAAGGACAGGAUGAAGAUACGCGAGAGGAACAAGCCGGAGAUAUUUGAGGAGAUCCGCCGGGUCUUCAACGUCACCAGGAUGCUCCACGGCCAGCACAUGAAGAACAUCAAGCAGAACGUGCUGGACGGAACCUCCAAGUGGUCGGCCCGGAUCACCAUCAACGUGGUGAGCGCCCAGGGUCUCCAGGCCAAGGACAGGACUGGUUCCAGCGACCCGUACGUCACCAUCCAGGUGGGCAAGACCAAGAAGCGGACCAAGACCAUCUACGGCAACCUGAACCCGGUCUGGGAGGAGAAGUUCAGCUUCGAGUGCCACAACUCGUCGGACCGCGUCAAGCUCCGCGUUUGGGACGAGGACGACGACAUCAAGUCCAGGGUGAAGCAGCGCUUGAAGAGGGAGUCGGACGACUUCCUGGGCCAGAGCAUCAUCGAGGUCCGAACCCUCAGCGGGGAGAUGGACGUCUGGUACAACCUGGAGAAGAGAACCGACAAGUCGGCGGUUUCGGGCGCCAUUCGCCUUCAGAUCAGCGUGGAGAUCGAAGGAGAGGAAAAGGUGGCGCCGUACCACGUGCAGUACACGUGCCUCCACGAGAACGUCUUCCACUACGUGACGGACGUGGAGGGGGGCGGCGUGGUGAAGAUCCCCUCGGCGCAGAGCGACGACGCCUGGAAGGUUUACUUUGACGAGGUGCAGCAGGACGUGGUGGACGAGUUCGCCAUGCGGUACGGCGUGGAGCCCAUCUACCAGGCCAUGACACAUUUCUCCUGCCUGUCGUCCAAGUACAUGUUGCCAGGCGUGCCGGCGGUGAUGAGCACAUUGUUGGCCAACAUCAACGCCUUCUACGCGCACCCCACGGCCACCUCCAACGUCUCGGCCCCGGCCAGGUUCGCCGCGUCCAACUUCGGGAGAGAUCGCUUUGUCAAACUUCUGGAUCAGCUGCACAAUUCCCUUCGCAUCGACCUCUCCAUGUACAGGAACAACUUCCCCGCCAGCAGCAAGCCCCGCCUGGGUGAUCUCAAGUCCACAGUGGACCUCCUGACCAGCAUCACCUUCUUCAGGAUGAAGGUUUUGGAGUUGCAGAGCCCCCCCAGGGCGUCCAUGGUGGUGCGGGACUGCGUGAAGGCCUGCCUCAACUCCACCUACGAGUACAUCUUCAACAACUGCCUGGAGCUCUUCAACAGACAGUUCCAGCCCGCCGUGCCAGCUCCUGAGCCAACGAAGAAAAAAAAGAGGAAGGAAGAGGGAGAAGGAGAGGAUGAGAAUGAGGAGGAGGGAGAAGAAGAGCAGGAUGCUGAAGAAGAAAAGGAGAAGGAGAAGGAGGAGAACCCACCAGAGGAGCAAGGCCCCAGCAUCCAGAAUCUGGACUUCUGGCCCAAACUCAUCACGCUCAUCGUGUCCAUCAUCGAGGAGGACAAGAACUCGUACACGCCCGUCAUCAACCAGUUCCCGCAGGAACUCAACGUGGGAAAAGUCAGCGCCGAGGUCAUGUGGACGCUCUUCGCUCAGGACGUCAAAUACGCCCUGGAAGCAGUUUUGGCUAACGGCGACCGCUGCCGCAAGAACGAUGCGAGUGGAGUGUUCUGUAUCCGCAGGAUAGACUUCCAGGCGGAGCACGAGAAACACAAGCUGUGCAAGGCGGCCGACUACAUGAACCUCCACUUCAAGGUCAAGUGGCUCUACAACGAGUACGUGGCCGAGCUUCCCGCCUUCAGCUCCGGAGUUCCCGAGUACCCGGCAUGGUUCCUGCAGUUCGUGCUGGCGUGGCUGGCGGAGAACGAGGACGUGUCCUUGGAGUUCAUGCAUGGAGCCCUGGAGAGAGACAAGAGAGAAGGAUUCCAGUCCACGUCGGAGCACGCGCUCUUCUCCAGCUCGGUGGUGGACAUCUUCACGCAGCUCAACCAGAGCUUUGAGAUCAUCCGCAAGCUGGACUGCCCCGACGCCGCCGUGGUGGCUCAGUACAACCGGCGCUUUGCCAAGACCAUCACCAAAGUCCUGCUGCAGUACUGCGCCCUGCUGGCCAAGACCUUCCCUUCCUACUGCGACAAGGAGAAGAUCCCGUGCGUCCUGAUGAACAACAUCCAGCAGAUGAGGGUCCUGCUGGAGAGGAUGUUCGAGUCCAUGGGAGCCAAGCAGUUUACAGCUGAGGAAGAGAAGUUGGAGAACGAGGGAGAGGAGGAGCUUGACGAGGAGGCCGUAGAGGACAAUGCAGGCGAGGAUGACACGUCCGGCUGCUCCGACUCGGAAGGUUCUGAGGUAAGAGGCGGCCAUUUUCUAGCGUUAGCAUCUUCGCCGCUUCCAAAGUGUCAUGAUGGGAUGGUCUGUAGCGAGGCUGGGCUCGGAUGUUGGCUUUUGAUGGAAAGGAGGAAGGAAGGAAACGGGAACUUAAACUACUUCCUGUUCUUUUGUCCCGCCCUCGCUCAGGUGGACAACAAAGAGAAAGAGGAGAAGCUGAGGUCAGAGAAGGAAAAGGUGUGUUCCACAGUACAUACUGUAUGUACAGUAUACUGUGCUGAGAAGAAAGACGAGGAGAAGCAGGUGGUGGACCUCGGCGGCAAACAGACUGAAGCUCCGGUCGCUGCCAAGAAGUUGGACACGGAGGCCGCCGACAUCCUGAACGAGCUGCAGGUGAAGCUGAACGCCAUCUUGGACAACUUCAGCGGCGUCUUUGCCAAGAGCUUCCAGACGCGCAUCAGCGCCUGCAUGCGUCACAUGGCCGACAUCCUGUACCUGAUGAAAGGACCCCCCGACCCCAACACGGCCGAGGGGGACGCCGACGUCAUGCUGAGGCCCCUCAUGGAGUUCCUGGACGGGAACCUGAGCGUGUUUGCCGACGUGUGUGAGAAGUCUGUGCUGAAGAGGAUCCUGAAGGACUUAUGGAAGAUGGUCCUGGGGAGCCUGGAGAGGAGCAUCGUGUUACCACGCAGCAACGACAGUCUGGGUGCUCAGCUGCUGACAGCCGCCAAAGGUCUAUCCAACCUGAAGGGUGGAGGCGAGGCCAAAACGCUGACCCCCAAACAGUGCGUGAUUGUAGACGCCAGCCUGGAGACCAUCAAGCAAUAUUUCCACGCGGGAGGAAACGGCCUGAAGAAAGCCUUCGUGGAGAAAAGUCCCGAGCUGGCGUCGCUGCGCUACGCCCUCUCGCUCUACUCGCAGACCACCGACGCCCUCGUCAGGACCUUCGUCACCACGCAGCGCUCCCAAGUCCACGGCGGCAUGGGGGUCAGGAUCACAGCCAAUGAGAAGACGCCGCCUGACAGAGGUUGCGGCGUGGAGCGGCCAAUCGGGGAAGUGGUGCUGCAGGUGGAGACCGUGCUGGCCAAGGAGCGCAAAGUCAACGUGAGAGUCAUCGCCGUCAACGACAUGAAGUGGCAGACGUCGGGGAUGUUCCGGCCGUUCGUGGAGCUGUCCAUGGUGGGCCCCUCCCUGGCGGACAAGAAGCGCCGCUUCACCACCAAGUCCAAAAACAACUGCUGGAGCGCCAAGUUCAACGAGACCUUCCAGUUCGUCCUGGGCAAGGAUUCCCCCGACUGCUACGAGCUGCAUGCGGCGGUAAAGGACUACUGCUUUGGGCGGGCGGACCGCGUGGUGGGCGUGGCCGUGCUGCAGCUACGCGACGUGGCCGACCGCAAGAGCUGCGUGUGCUGGUGCCCGCUGGGGCCGCGCGUGGACACGGACGAAACGGGCACCACCAUCGUUCGCAUCCUCUCCCAGCGGCCCGCCGACGAGGUGGCCAAGGAGUUCGUCAGGACCAAGUCCGAGACCAGGCCCGCCGAGGAGGGAAGAUGAGGGGGUGGAGGCUCCGAGUACUUCCGUGUGAGGUCCCCACAGGGCGCCAUUUCCAUCACGGUGUCUAAAAAUCCCUGUUUGUUACUUUUUAAGCUCCCAACCAGAAGGGGGCAGCAUUACCAAACUAAUACCAUAAAAAAAGCUACCUUUUGGGUCUGAAAGCGUCCUUUUUUCCGCAUUUUCAUGGCCUUCACGUGCAUGGAAACCUUCAACCUUUGAUCGGUCGCCACACACAGAGUAUACAAUGUGCCAAGACACCAAGAGUCUGCCCUCUUUGCCAAAAUAUUCCACUGAAAGCGUCUUUUGGUGGGAAUUUACCGAGCGUUCACACCACACGUAAACUGGAACUUUGUACCAAAAGAAAGUCCAAUUAAAAGCCUAAAACGCGGAGCAUGGAAGUCGACUUUGUACAGAGCAGAAAUGUAAGCUUUUCAUGUGUGUCAUGUGACCAAUGUCUGGGAAGUACUACCACUCAUCUUGAAUCUAAGCGUGUUACGAUAUUUUGUACAUAAAAUAUUUAUGAUGG